UAGAGGAAACGCCAGUUCACGGGAUUGGCCAGUCGUUUCAGCGGGUGCGAGAGAGAAAAUCUGGGGGCGUUCGCGCUUGAAAUUUCUCCCUUUGCCUAGGUACCACGGAGGAGCAGUUUCUUUGGUCGUUCUGUCCCUAGGCGUGCCCUGGCGUGCCGGCAUUUUGCCAUGUGUCGGCUGGCGAUCUGUGCGUCGCGUACAAGCACGAUCGUGCUGUCGAGGACCGGAUUCGUCGACGCAGGGUCUGAGCAUGCACUGCAUCAGGCCUAUCUACUGCUACCUCCGGCUGUCUGCCCUGCUGGCUUCAUCGGACAAAACAAGUCGCAGGAAGCUGUACCACGUGCACUGCACUGGGACCACCUGACCAGCACGGUGACGUCGACGGAGACAUCGUGGCACCCGGAUAAAAGCAGCAGCCUUUUCGACGUUCCCUUCAGUGGACUUGGAAGCACCGAACGAGCACGGAUGCUGAUCAAAUUUUUUCUGAUCGCACAGGUUAGUGACCAGCAUUUAGUCUCUUCAGUUAGAGACAACGGCGUAACGUUAACGGUGCUCCCAAGUCCACAAUGCUGUGUUGCUAUUUUGCGGGGUUGUUUUAAUGUUGUCCGCUUAAUGUUACUAACAUCCGGAGACGAACAAAAUCCAGGCCCUUACUCUCAUUCAGAUGAAUGUUCGCAGCGGGAACUAAUGAAACACAUUCUAAGAGAACAAAAGGAAACGAACAAAACACUGAAACAACUGUCUUCAAAUAUCAAGCAUGUGGAGACAAUAGUUGCAGAUUUGCAAGAAAGAAUGACAGUUAUUGAGAAUGAAAGGGGAUUAUGGAAAGAAUGCGAAGACAGGAUAGUACACUGCGAGGAAUCUUGUAAAUCUACCAUGAUGCAAGUAGAAUUUCUGGCAUCGAAGGUCGAUGAUUUAGAAAAUAGAAGUAGGCGGAAUAACCUAGUAAUUUAUGGAUUAAGAGAGAGCUCUGAUGAAGAUGUUAAAACACUUGAAGAAGAAGUGCACGGUAUACUUAAGAAGAUCCUAGGAAUAGAAAUUAACUCAAUAGAACGAGUUCACAGAAUUGGUACAAAGCAAAGCUAAAGGACACGCCCCGUUAUUAUCAGGCUAUUCAACUUCGCUGAGAAAAACAAAAUAUUAUCAAGCUGCUUCAAGGUGAAAAACACUCGGGUUUCAAUAUCCGAGGAUUUCUCAAAGAAAGUAUGCGACACACGUGCUAAAUUAUGGUGUUCUGCAGUAAGUGACAAGGCGAAAGGGGCAAAGGUAUCUCUGUUAUUUGAUAAGCUAAAAAUAAAUGGCAACACCUUUAUAUGGAAUGAGUGUGAGGUCAGAAGAAUUGAACUAUCUAAACCGAAAACUUCUGCACACGCUGGCCCAGCAGCUUGCGAUGGCACGUGACAACAACGUACGAAAUGUAUCAGAGUGUUAUCACUGAAUGCGCGCAGCGUAGUCAAUAAGUCCAGCCUACUUGAAAGCAUAGUUGCAGCCCAUCAACCGCACGUUAUAGUCAUCACGGAAACCUGGCUUCAGGAAAGCGUCCAGGAUUCCGAAGUGUUUCCACCUUCUUAUCGGCUCAUACGGAAAGACAGAGAAUUGCGGGGGGGGGAGGUGUAGCUGUCGCAAUUAAAUCUAACAUAAAAUUCACAGUUUUAAACAGCAUACCUGACCAUGAAAGCGUAUGGUGUAACCUUACAUUUAAUGGAAAAAGCAUAUUUCUGGGUGGCGUAUACCGACCUCCGAAUGCGCCCCCUGAAUACCUAGACGUUAUGCAUGAUUACAUUGCACAACACACUUAUUCACGUUCCAAUAUUAUUAUCACGGGUGAUUUCAAUUUACCAGGAAUCAAUUCGUCUAAUCUUUCGCACAACAGCUCCGACGCAAAAAGUGCUGAAUCACUAUUGUUCAUGUCAUUUACCUUCUCUCUAGACCAGCUAGUUUCCGAACCGACUAGAAUAGCUGGUCAGUCAUGUUCUGUGCUUGAUCUGAUGUUCGUAAGCAGUCUAUUUCAAAAUAACACAUUAAACGUUGAAAAUAGCAUUUCGGACCAUAAAACUAUUGUAUUCUCCUGUCCGAUUUUAGGAAACUGUGAACGCGUUAAGCCAUCGAUUGCUGUUAUUAGGGAUUACACAAGAGCGGAUGACAAUGCUAUCUCAGAAUAUUUAAACGCCUGCUUUCUGCAGGUUUCAUUACUUCAUGACGUAAAUGAAUUAUGGUUAUGUUUUAAGCAUAUUGUACACUUUUGUGAAGAAAACUACAUUCCCUCCAGAAAGAAAAGAGUGAACAGAGAACAUCCUUGGGUAUCGCGCGAAAUAAUACAUUUAAAACGAGAAAUUAAAAGGAAGCGCAGAAAGAAAACCACACGUGACCUUCAAGAUCUCGUACGCUUAUUACAAGAUAAGAUAAACAUAUGGCCAAGGAGCGUUUUUUCACUGUUACUCUGCCUUCUUACACAACGAAUAAACCACAAAAAUCCUGCUGCUACCUAUCGAGGGAGUGGCACACCGUAUCGCAGAUUACUGUUUCAAACGAGACGAUUGUUCAGCCUGACGUCAUAGCAAGCAAAUUUAAUGAAUUUUUUCUAUCUGUAUUUAACAGAACUACAUUAUCAU